AUGGAUACAGUAGAAAGAAGUUUGAAGCUUAACAAUGAAAUAAUAAUUGCCGAAAAUAUUUCUCGAAAUAGUUUCAUUGCUUCCAGAACUGAUGAAAAUUAUGACAGUGCCAACCGUGAUUUAAAUUACAAGAAAAUUAAAAUUGACGAAAGUCGUAUGCCAAUACAAUUACGUGGGAAAACGUGGAUAUUUAAAGAAGCAAUUGGAGAGGGAACUAAUUUCAAAACAUAUCGCGCAACAAGUAGUAAUGGAGAACUAUUUGCAAUUCGAAAAAAUCGUAAGCAAGAUCAAAGUACGGAAAUUUAUGAAAUUGAUGAAAAAGUUCAGGAAGAGAUUGCUAAUUUAAUGAAGUUACAAAUAGAAGUGGAUUUAGAAAUGAAAAAACUUAUCGGUGAGCAUUCAAAUAUUACUACACUGAUCGGUUUUCGUCAAGUGGGUCUCUGUUGGGAACAAUUUAUGGAAUAUGUCGAUGGUGGAUCGCUUUUUAAUUAUAUUAAUGAGAAUUACACCAAAAAAAAUCGAUUACUGGAAGUUGAAAAAGCGCGAUCAUUCUUCACUGAUCUGUUAAAUGCAGUGGAACAUAUUCAUAGCUUGAGAAUUGCACACAUGGAUAUCAAACUUGAAAAUUGUCUCAUCACUAAAAAUGGAACUGUAAAAUUAACAGAUUUUGAUGAAGCAAGAUAUUUCAUACCUAAUCUUAAAGUUCCUUAUCCAGUAUAUUUCACUUUAUCAUACGCUGCACCUGAAACAUUCACAAAACGAUACCUAAAAUUUUUGAAUAUCUUCAUCUCAUUAGCAAUACUGGUUAACUUCCUGGAAAUGCUAAAAAUGAAUCGAUUGAAUUCAGCGAAUCGCGGAGACGAACGACGACGAUCGCGGAUUGGAAGUUCAUUGCCCGAAGAAUUCUAUGAUUACCUUGAUAAACGAGAUUUGGUACGUAAUGACCGUUUACUGAAACGUUUCGGUAAACGAUUACUCCGUGCUCUUAAACAGCCGUUGCUGAGACGUCAUCGAUCAAACCUGACGCUAUUAGAUGAGGAGAUUGAUUCGAAUUUCUCACUGGCUAUAAUCCCUAAACGUGCAUUUUCAUUGCUUAAUCAGCGAAUAUUAUUGUCAAAAGAGAACAAUUUAAUGGAAGAUUACAUGGAAGAUUCGAAAUUAACUAAUGGAAUGGUUUCGAAAGAUCGUCCUGUAAACAGUGAUGAUAUAUCAUUGCACGGUGAAGAAACGAUGAUAAUAAAAUUGGAAAAAGAAAAUGGUGAAUUUGGUUUCAAUAUUGUUGGCGGUACUGACCAAGAAUACAUCCCGGGAGAACCGGGUAUAUUCGUUUCAAAUGUACGGAAUGGUGGUGCAGCUUCUCAUGAUACAGAACUGAAGAUCGGCGAUCGUAUCAUUUCGGUGAAUGGUAUACUACUUACUGGUAAAACACAUAAUGACGCUGUACAAAUUUUUCACAAUAUUCAGGGCAGUGCGGUGUUUAUGAUCGAGCAGGGUGCAGAGUCACGAAUUCUGAAUAAACCAACGCAACUCUCGGGUGUUGUAAGUUCUAACGAAAGUAUAUCAUCAUCAAGAAGUGACCAAAGAGGAUUUUCUCUCAAUCAACCUUCAAAUAUAUCGUCGAAGUCUGCGAAUCUGUGCGCGUCACGGAUCAUGCCAGAAUCAGCUAAAGUGGAAAAGAAGAACCCACCAGUUGAUGAAAUGGUAUAUUUGGCAUCUAAUUCAGCAAAUAAUGAUUACACAGAUAGCAAAUACAUGAAGAAAAGUGAAGCAGAGAGCCGAAAUGAAGAAAAUUUAAUGGAACAUGAACAAAUGUUGGAAAUAUCAGUUACAACAGCAUCACCACUUACACCAUUAAAAGAUGAAACAGCAAGGUCGAUCGAUGAAAAGAGUGAAGGACCCAUUUUACUGACUAAUGAUGAUAAUCGUGAUGAUAACGAUCAUUACAAUUAUGAAGAUGAAAAUGCUUUAACAACCCUCUCAAGUUCUGUUAUAGAUGACAUUCCAAUCACUCCUAAAAAGCCAUAUAAAUUGUUUGAUCCUUCAAACGCGUCCGUGUUCAACGAAGUUCUGGCUGUUUCGGUUGGUAUCGUAGCACUGGGAAUUGGAAUUUACGUUGUAUAUCGUUUUGUUAAGUGUCGAUUAACCCGAUGA